UUUUCCCUGCAGUAACCACAGUUCUUAACAGAGGAGAACUGGAUGGUGCUGUACUUCUCUGCGUCCUAGAAAGAUCCAAAACAUGAGACUAUCAGCAAGAAUUAUCUGGCUUAUGUUAUGGACUGUUUGUGUAGCACAAGAUUGUAAAGGUCCUCCACCAAAAGAAAAUACAGAAAUUCUAACAGGUUCUUGGUCUGAACAAUCAUAUCCAGAAAACACUGAGGCUACCUACAAAUGCCGCCCUGGAUACAGAACACUUGGGACCAUUGUUAGAGUAUGCAGACGAGGAAAAUGGGCGGCUUUAAACCAAUCCAGGAAAUGUCGGAAAAAGCCAUGUGGGCAUCCUGGAGACACACCCUUUGGGUCCUUUAGGCUGGAAGUUGGAACUGGAUUUGAGUUUGGUGCAAAGGUUGUUUAUACCUGCAAUGAGGGGUAUCAGCUGUUAGGUGAGAUUGAUUACCGUGAAUGUGAUGCAGACGGGUGGGUCAAUGAUAUUCCAUUAUGUGAAGUUGUUAAGUGCUUGCCAGUGACAGACCCGGAGAACGGAAGAAUUGUGAGUGGUGCAUUGGAACCAGACCAGGAAUAUUCCUUUGGACAUGUGGUGCGCUUUGAAUGCAAUGCAGGCUUCAAAGUUGAAGGACAGAAGGAAAUGCACUGUUCAGAUAAUGGCCUAUGGAGCAAUGAGAAGCCCAGAUGUGUGGAAAUUUCCUGCACAGCACCAGAAGUUGAAAACGGAGUAGCUCUAUCUCAGAAACUAUCUUACAAGCAGAAUGAAAGGUUUCAGUAUCAAUGUCAUCAAGGUUUUGUGUACAGAGAAAGAGGGGAUGCCAUCUGCACAGCUUCUGGAUGGAGUCCUCAGCCUUUCUGUGAAGAAAAGAUAUGCCAUCCUCUUUAUAUUGAAAAUGGUGACUACUCACCUUACAGGAUUAAACACAGAGCUGGUGAUGAAAUCAAAUAUACAUGUAAAAAUGGCUUCUCUCCUGCAACCCUGGAAACUGUUGUAAAGUGUACAAGUACUGGCUGGAUCCCUUAUCCAAGAUGUACCUAUCAACCAUGUGCUUUUCCACAAAUCAAAAAUGGAGAACUAUAUAGAGAAUACUGGAUCAAACGCUACUUCACAACAGAAAGAAAAGAGUGGUACUACUACCAUUGCAACGAUGGAUUUGUAACUCCCUCAAGGGAAUACUGGGACAAAAUUCGCUGCACUGUACAAGGGUGGGAGCCUGCAGUCCCAUGCCGCAAGGUAUGUGGAAUCCAUUAUAUAGAGAAUGGGGAAGUUUUACAACGGAGAGGAGACUACAUACAGGAUGAGUCUGUAAGAGUCCGGUGUCGCUCUGGCUACAGUCUCCCAAAUGAUCAGGACACAGUAACAUGCACAGAGAACGGCUGGUCUCCUCAACCCAAAUGCAUCCGUGUCAAGACAUGUUCAAAGUCAGAUAUAGAAAUUGAGAAUGGAUUUCUUUCUGAAUAUGCUAGAACAUAUGAUCUAAACAGAAAAACACAGUAUAGGUGUAAACAGGGAUUUGUAACAUCGAAUGGAGAGACAUCAGGAACAAUUACCUGCCUCCAAAAUGGAUGGUCAGCUCAACCCUCAUGCAUCAAGUCUUGUGAUAGGCCUGUAUUUGAGAAUGCUGUGAUUAAAAACAAUAGCACAUGGUUUAAACUCAAUGACAAAUUAGACUAUGAAUGCCAUGUUGGAUACGAAAACAGACAUAAAGAUACCAAAGGCUCCAUAAUAUGUAAUUAUGAUGGAUGGUCUGAUAGACCCUCAUGUUAUGAAAGAGAAUGCAGAGUUCCCUUUUUAGACCAAUACUUGCUUGUCAAUCCCAAGAAAGAAAAAUAUAAAGUUGGAGAUUUGUUGAGCUUUUCUUGCCAACAAGGACAGAGAGUUGGACCAGAUUCAGUUCAAUGUUACCACUUUGGAUGGUCCCCUAGUUUCCCAACAUGUAAAGUAGAUCAAGUGAGAACAUGUGAUCAACCUCCUGAACUCUUCAAUGGGGAAUUCAAUGGAACAAAGAAAGAACAAUACAGCCAUGGUGAAGUGGUGGAAUAUGAUUGCAAGCCUAGAUUUCUACUGAAGGGACCCAAUAAAAUCCAGUGCAUGGAUGGAAACUGGACAACCUUGCCAACAUGUGUUGAGGAGGAGAGAACAUGUUCAGACAUUCCUCAGCUUGAGCAUGGCUUUGUCCAAUUUUCUGUUUCUCCCUACUAUCAUGGAGAUUCAGUGGUAUUCAGCUGCAAGGAAACAUUUACGAUGAUUGGACAUGGGUCAGUUUCAUGCCUUAGUGGAAGGUGGACCCAGCUUCCUCAGUGUGUUGCAAAAGAUAAACUUGAGAACUGUAAAGAACCAUACUCAAUUAAUAUGGAAGUGUUUCCCUCCAAUAAGAAUGAAUUUAAUCAUAAUGUUAGCGUGAGAUACAGAUGUAAAGGAAAUCAGGACUAUAAACAGUCUAUCUGCAUCAAUGGAAGAUGGGAGCCUGAACCAACCUGUACAAGAGUAGAGAAAAAAUCCUGCCCUCCUCCACCACAGAUUCCAAAUGCCCAAGUGAUGGAAACCACAGUGAAAUACUGGGAUGGAGAAAAAGUAUCUGUUCUUUGUCAAGACAAUUACUUAACACAGGACACAGAAGAGAUGGUGUGCAGAAAUGGAACAUGGCAGUCAUUACCACUCUGCAUUGUGAAAAGUCCAUGUUCUCAGCCCCCUGAAAUAGACCAUGGAAAAAUUAAAUUACUCAGAUCACCAGAAGAAAGGAGAGACACAGCUGAGUCCAGCAGUUAUGAACACGGCACUACACUUAGCUAUGUUUGUGAUGAUGGAUUUAGGAUGGCUGAAGAGCACGGGGUAACCUGCCACCUGGGAAAGUGGAGUGCUCCACCUCGUUGUGUCGGACUUCCUUGUGGACCUCCACCUUCAAUCCGUCAUGGUAUUGUGUCUAAUGAACUAGACAGUUACCAACAUGGAGAAGAGGUGACAUACAUUUGUUCUGAAGGCUUUGGAAUUGACGGACCAGCAUUUAUUAAAUGUAUAGGAGGAAAGUGGCCCCAUCCACCAGAUUGCAAAAGAACUUAUUGUGACAGUCCACCCAUGUUUGAAAAUGCCAUACUCAUAGGUCCGAAAAAAAUAUCAUAUAAACCAGGUGAACGAGUGACAUUCAAAUGUGCACGUUUUUAUCAUAUGAAUGGAUCCAACAUUGUGACAUGUGUUAAUCGCACGUGGAUUGGAAAGUUGGUAUGCAAAGACAAUUCCUGUGAGAAUCCACCACGUGUGGGAAAUGCUACUAUAGUAACAAGGGCCAUGACUAAAUAUCCAUCUGGUGAGAGAGUACGUUAUGAAUGUAAUAGACCUUAUCAACUAGUUGGGGAAGUAGAAGUAAUGUGUAAAAAUGGGAUUUGGACAGAACCACCAAAAUGCAAAGAUCCAAAAGAAAAAUGUGGGCCUCCUCCACCUAUUAAGAAUGGAGACAUCAUUUCCUUCAGAUUACAAGUAUAUGAUCCAUCUUCUUCAGUUGAAUAUCGGUGCCAGUCCGAGUACAUACCUCAGGGUGACACGAAAAUAACAUGCAGAAAUGGAGAGUGGUCUAAGCCACCAAAAUGUUUAAAUCCAUGUGUAGUAUCAGAGGAAAUUAUGGAAAGACAUAACAUGAUUUUGAAAUGGAGAAAAAACCAAAAGCUAUAUGUUCCAUCAUCAGACUAUGUAGAAUUUCUGUGUAAACCUGGAUAUGAAAUAGCAAAUGAAUCACCUCCAUUACGUACAAUGUGCAUUGAUGGUCACAUCGAUUAUCCCCGUUGUACAAAAAAUGUUCUUGGUUAAGUGGAUGAAUGAACAUUUGUUUAGAAAUAUAUAGGCAUAUUACUAAUACAGUUUCAGUUUAUGUUUGAAGUGCUGUUUAACUCAUUUCUUCUCAUAAGUGUAAACUUGGGUUGAUAUAUAAUGAUUAAUUUGGAGACUGACAGACCGUUGCCACAAAUGCAAAACAGUGAGUUCAAAACUCCUAGAACAGAACGUGCUGUGCCCUAGAACAAUAACCAAUGGCAAUAAAAUAGAUGCAAUCA